GGAAGUGGACAAUCAUGGCGUUCUAUCCGUUCUUCACCGGGUUGUUCUUCCUAGUUCCUGCUCACUCGUUUGUGAAUCUAGCCAAUAACAAGCAGUUCCCAAGAGCAACAGUUUCUACACAUCAAGAUUUUGAAACUUCACGUAUACGACAAGUAAUUGAUAAUGAUGAGAAUACCUGUACACAAUUAAGCGAUGACGAGAAAUGGUUGAAAAUCUGGCUUGGUAACGACGCCAAUGUUGGAACAAUAACUGUUAAAUCUAACACACCUGUCUCAUGGAAAACUGCGAUCACAAUAAAAGCAUACAAUGAUCCAACGUCAGAUGUAGACAGAAUACAACAGGAUGGGAAGCUGUUUUAUCCAAUGAAAGAUUCCUCUCUAUUGACGUCAUGGAAUCUAAAUAUAACUGUCAACGAUACAUAUAGAGGAUUCUUCAUAUACAACCAGUCAACAAACGGAAACCUUGCAGGACUAGAGCUUUGUGAGGUUAACAUUUUAGGGUGCUUAGUAGACGGAUAUGGCAAUUGCAGUACUAAAUGUCCAUCGAAAUGCAAGGAUAAGCACUGUGAUGCAUUUGACGGUAAAUGCAUACAUGGAUGUCAAAAGAAUAUGCAAGUUCCGGACUGUAGCGAAUGUCAAGAUGGCUAUUAUGGAAUGAACUGUGAAAACGUCUGCGGAAACUGUAUGAAAGACAGUCCAUGUGAUAAAACAAAUGGGAUAUGCACAACUGGCUGUGAAGGAUUUUGGACAGGCGUAAUGUGUAAAGAAUGUAGACCUAAUUAUUACUUGUUCAACGAUACCUGUCAGAGAUGUGGACAUUGUAGUGGAAAUAAAACAUGCAACAAUAGAACAGGGGUGUGUGUCAAUGGAUGUGAGGAGAACUGGACGACAAAUAAAUGUGAUGUUUGUGCUGACGGUAAGUACGGACAGUGGUGUAAUGAAACAUGUGGACACUGCCUCAAUGGGACUUGUAAUAAAAAGAACGGAACUUGUGAGAAGGGAUGUCUUCCGCAAUGGCAAGCAUCACUAUGUAAAGAGUGCCAAGAUCAUUACUAUGGAGAGAAUUGUACAAUGUCAUGUGGUAACUGCGUUGAUAACAAACCCUGUGACAAAGCUAGCGGAGAGUGUCCACAGGGAUGUACCGGACACUGGGAUCCUCCCCAUUGUACGGACUGUAAAAACAAUUACUUUGAUCAGAACUGCACUUCUGCAUGCGGGCAUUGUAAACCAGGUAUGCAGUGUAAUAAAACAACUGGUGUCUGUCCAGACGGAUGUCAGUACAACUGGAAUGGGACCAGAUGCAACGUGUGUGCUGAUGGAUUCUACAACCGUGACUGUUCAGCAGAAUGUGGGACUUGCAAAGAUGAGGCACCAUGUGACCAUAUGACAGGAAAUUGUACUGGUGGAUGUGAGGGAACAGGACAGCCACCUCUAUGUAAAGCAAUUGGCUGCUGAAACAUACGUAACUGAGAAUUUAAAGGCACUUUGUCAGUGCCGACCAUGCUUUAGUGUCCAAAUGUACCAAGGACACAUCGCUUAUCAACGGUAAGAUGAAAAAGAUGAAGAUAAUGAAUGGUUAUAUUGCAGGGUAAUUUUGCUGUACAACAAGUUCUGUGAUUGGGAAUUGAAAUGGUUUUGUUUUAGAUAAGCGAUUACAAACGCAUUCAUUUUUCAAUCAAAUAAUAUUGAUGACCAACAUCUGCUUUGCAUUUUAGAUAACAUAACCAAUAAAGCUCCAAAGUGAC